UGUGAGCCAGUUUGUAAAGUGCAGCAUUCCUGUUCAUUCUUAAAAAGAAGCAUGGCUGACCGUUUCGUGAUGAACAGAGUCAGAGAUGGCAAAGUAACUGUUUUUUUAAAGCCAACCUGCCCUUACUGCCGUAAUGCAAUGAUGAUCCUCAGAGAAUUUAACUUCAUGCCGGGAUGUCUGGAGUCAGUUGAUGUUACUGGGAUGGAUGAUGUCCUGGAUUACCUCCAGCAAACAACAGGGCAAGGAACAGUCCCUCGUGUGUUUAUUGGGAAAACCUGCAUUGGUGGAUUUUCAGAUCUGCAAAAGUUUUAUGGACAACUCCCAGAAGCUCUGCGUCGAAUUGGUGUUCUACAGUAGCAGAAGGGAGAGAGAUGACCAAGAGCUACACCUCCUCAUUUUUGGAACAACUUCCUUCUAACUUCCUGCUAUGGCAUCAGAAGAAUCUUUUGGGGGAAAUGUAAUUUCUUUUGGUUUCAUUGAUAAGUGCUUCAAUAUGCUACAUUUCUACAUCCUUUCUGUAAUGCUGGAAACAAGUCUUGAACGAGAUCUGACUCAGCCAAAUAAAAUAUGCUUGCACUCAG